AUGAAGCUGAGCGGCGCGCCCAUGCGAGUCUCUUCAGGUGAAAAUCUGCUGCGUUCUUCUGAAAACGUGCGGGCGUGGACUGAAGACGAGCCAGCAGAGGAUGAAUAUGGCUCGCCUGGGAGAACGGCCCCCACGCGGUGGGCGCCAUCCAGCGAGCUGUCGGAUGUACGUACACCACGUCGUUCCUCUGGGGGUGAGAGCGAGUCUCCUGUGAGCCCGCAGUGCGAUUUACCCGAGCUCUGGUCUCAGGAAGGCGGCGCCGGGCCCUCCGCGUCGCCUCAAACGCGUUCUUUUGCCACCGAGAACUGCGACUUUGAUCCUGGUGGAAUACCGCCCAGGAAAAACAGCGGUGGAACUGGAACUCUCUCUCCCACUUCACUGUCGUCUUCGGAGAUUCCAUCCGCCUCUUCUUCUUCAUCCCUCCCUCGCGUUUGGGCUGGUUCGUCCUCCGCCCCUGGCCGUUCUUCUUUGCCUGCGCCGCUUGCUUCGCCUUCUUCUCCCGCGAGUCACCCGCAGCCUCGCCAUUCAGAAAAGGAAGAGGAAAGUCCGCCGCCUCACGUCAUUUACCCCGAAGCCUCAGCUGGGCUUCGAAGCCUAGAGCUCUCAAGCGAGACGAACAAUCUUCUGUCGGCUCGUUGCCCUGCACUCUCCACAGAAGACGAGCUCCCUCCCGCCUCGCACCGACUCGCCUCCUCUUUGUCUUCUCAUCCCUCACGCGAGAGGGCCUCGGGUGUAGAGGCAGGAGAAACUAAAAAACUGCAAGGCAGCGCCGUGCCAAACUCGAGCGCACCCAGGGGGCGUUUCCACUGGUCUCCUCACCCUUCUUCUUCCCCCGAAGAAGAAUCAGGGCGCCUCGCCGCACCGCAUUCCACCCUUGGAGCGAAGGCAGAAGAGAGAGAGUCUCUGCCGGCUCUUCCGCGUGAGCCUGCGCAGGCGAGGGCGCUGCCUCCUCCUCCCCCUUCGCGUGCCGACGCCCCCAAAGCUCGCGCGUCGUUGAGCGGCAGCGUCGCGCCUGGCCGCAGAGGUCCAGCGGGGAGCUCCUCGCAUGUGGGUACUUUCGCCUUUCGCCCUGCACCGCCGCGAGCCGCCGAAACUGGAGGCGACGGAGGAGACGCGGAGGUCUGCGUUUUCGGCCAGGAAGGGCCUCCUCGAGGGGUCGUCUGUGCUGGAGAGAACCCAGGUCUCGACGACGAAAGCCCAGCCAGGCGGAGGGCUGGCGAGCGCGCCGCAGUGCGGCAGACCCCAGCGGCUGACGUGAACGAGGGCCCUAGGCGAAGCGAAGAACGCCGAACCGACGCGGAAAAGAAUACAGCUGCGGCACCCCCACAGCGGCGGGCCAGGCCCAUCCAUAGAGAAGCGGCAGGGAGAGAGCCAGAGGGCACUCGCGACCGAGCCGGCGCGCUGGGGGAGCAAGCGGCGCUGGACGCCGCUGCCUCGAGACGACGCCUCAACCCAGAAAGCGAAGACGAGGCGGGGCGGAGAGCUUCAAGGGCCCGCGGCGAAGGCGCCGCGGCGGUGCCCGAGUCGUUAACGGCGCCGACCAACAGACCCCGAGCCCGACGGCCGACGGAUCUCCAACAAGCGCGCUUCGGCAGCUUGGGCGUCUCGGCAGCCCGCGCCGACGAGGCGCGCCGCGCAGCGCUUCGCCGCGCGGGCACCCGGCCUUCGAGUCUGGCGCUGCAGCAGCCGCAGCGUCCCGAGUCGCCGUUCCAUUUCUGCGCGCCCUCGCGCCUAGAUGACAGACAGGCCGGCGGGAGCGGGGCGCCAAGCGCGCGCCGGCGAUCGCGGGCGGCGCGGCCGUCCUCAGGGCCCAGAAGAUACAGUCAGCGCCACGGUCUCGCGGGCCUUCCCCCAGAGUGCAGCGGGGUGCCCAGCGGCCUCAACGACCCCAGGAGCUACUUGAAAAGCAUCAAACGGAAAGCGCGGAGGGAAGUAUUUCCAGCGUUCGGCGUGCGUUCGCCUGCGCACCGCGUCUCCGACGCCAAGCUCCUGGUGCCGGCCGCCAAACGCGAAGGCAACCUCGAAGCGGCUACGCAGAGGCUCUACGCGCUCGGAGUCGUGCUCGACAACAAACGGCGCUGGACGCAGGCCAUCUCAGCCUACCAGGAUCUCCUUGCCUGCGCCCAGACCCUUGGAGACCGCGACCUGCAAGUUCUCGCCCACAAUUGCCUCGGGAUCGACUUCCUCCGGUGCGAGGCGUUUGAAGAGGCGCUGCAGCAUCACACGCAGCAGCUCUCUCUCGCGGACGAGGACGGGCAGUACGUUGCGCACAUGAACAUCGGGCUCGUGUGCAGCAGGCUCGAUAAGCCUGAGGACGCGGCGGCGCACUACCGCGCAGCCGCGGAAAUCGCCGCGCGGCGCCGAAAUCUUGUUCGCCACAGCCUUGCCGUCGGAAACCUCGGCCUGACCGUCUUCCCGACGGGAGACCUGAAGACCUCGCGGCGUUGCAUGGAGUAUCACUUAGACACGAUAGAAGAAAUCUUCAGCGCGGCGCCUCUCGCGGCCAAAAGGAACUGGCGCUUCUACACACCGGCUGUCUCAACGCCCUCUGCGUCGUCGCCUCCUCCUCGCCCUCACGCCUCUCUCUCCUCUGCAGGCGCAGAUGCCCCAUCCGCGAUGCCCGCCGCGUCGUCUCCUUCUUCUCUGCCUGGAGUGUCUCCUUCGGCUUCUUCGAGUUUUUAUCUGUGUGCCACCGUUUCUGCCGCUGAGGCAGCCGCCUCCGCGUCUUCUCCCUUACCGUCGCGUUGCGCGGCCGCGGCCUCCUCCACGCCUUCUUCCUCUUCGGCGUCUGCUUCUGCUUCACCGCGUUCGGCUUCCUCUGCGUCGCCUCGCGGCUGGUCGCGCGCGGCGAAAGCAGCAGGCGAGACGACCGGCGAAGCGGCUGCGAGACGCGGCGACAUCCGCGUCUCCUUCGAGGAUUCGCAGGAGAAGAAGAGCGAAAAUGAGAAAGCGAAACGGCCGCGAGAAGAGGAGACCCUAAACCCAAAAUCCACAUCGGCUUCCUCGGCGCAUGCGCAUCCGUCGCCUUCGCUCCGAGCGAGAGCCAGCGGCGAGGAAGGAGAGACAGUCCACGACCCCGGUACGCCGCGCGAUCUCGAGCGGCUGGAGGACGCUUCAACGAUGUGCGAGGCGAUGCAAAAAGUCGACACAAGGCCACCAAACACGAGUUGCAAGCGGAGUAGUCUUCCGCAGAGCCCUUUCGCGGUCUUUGCGACUCUGGAUUCUCAGCACCAUCUGGGCCGUGUGGACGCGGCGACGGGCGACUACGUGCAGGCCGCCGAGCGCCUCUUCGAGGCGCGCCUCAUGGCGAAGAAGGCUGGCGAAGCAGACGCAGAAGUCGAAGCGAACGUCGCCUACGGCGUUGUCCAGGGGAGGCUGCACUUUGAGGACUACAAGAAGAGGAUUCUCGAGUCCGCGGCAGACACUCGCGCGGCGCGGAACUGGCAAAACUUAUUUUCUUCUUUUUCUGCGGCGCCUCAACUCUCCGCCCGGAUUCAAAGCUGUGGAUAG